ACUCAGGAGACAGGAAAGCGCGCGGGUGUGGCUUCAGGGCGUCUGGGGCUCUCCUAGGUCCCGGGGAGAACUCUCGUGGAAGGGGAAAGGAGGGGGAAGAAGGAGCUCCCAUUCCCGCCCUGAGGCAGCCUGGGGCCCGCCCUUGAGGAAGGCCCGUCCCGGCGCGCCCACGGAGCCCAGGAGGGCGGGGCCUGUUCCCCCGAGCCUUUCCCGAGCCUCCUCCCGCAUGGAGGGCGUUAUAAGGGCGACGCGUUGCCUGAAGGGGGGAGGCCAGGGCUCCGGCGCAGGACUUUCCUUCGCGCAGCCAUGUGGCUCCUGAGGCUGCUGCCGGUGGCGCUGGCGCUGGCAGUGUCUGCUUCCCCGCCGCCGGCCCCUUCCCCGUCGGGGGCGCAGUGCCUGGGCUCGGCUUGCUUCGCCUUGUUCUGGGCGGCGCGGAGCUUCGCCGAGGCGGACCAGGCGUGCCAGGGAGGCGGCGGGCGGCUCAUGACGGUGCGCUCGACGGUGGCAGCGGAGGCCAUCGCGCUGCUGCUGCGAGGCGGGCCGGGCCGCGCUUGGCUCGGCUUGCACCUACCUGUGGGCGCCUGCCGGGAGCGGGGCAAGAAGCUGCGCGGCUUCCAGUGGGUCUCCGGCGACGAGAGCACCGACUACGCCGCCUGGGCUGGAGACGGAGCAGAAGGGGAGGCCUUGCCCGCUUUGUGCGGCCCGCGUUGCGUGGCCGUGACCCCCGAAGCCUUGUCUUGGGAGGAGCGCAGCUGCGAGGCCCCCUCCGACGGCUUCCUCUGCGAGUACAGCUUCCCCUCCGGCACCUGCGCCCCCUUGAACCCCCCGCCAAACGCGGAGGUGCUCUACGUGACUCCCUUCGGGGCCCAAGAGGCCGAGCUGGCAUCCUUGCCCCCAGGGAGCACGGCCCAAGUGCCCAGCUUGGGGGUCGCCCUGGAGUGCAUUGCACAAGGCCAGGAGGAACCCCGUGGGCGCUGGCACUCUGCCACAAAGGGAGCCUGGGACUGUCGCCUCGAUAACGGGGGCUGCGAGGGGCAAUGCCACCCCGGAGAGACAGGACAACCUCAUUGCACCUGCCCCGGCGGCGUGGCUUUCGUAGAGGCCGACGGUCGGAGCUGCCGGUCCCCCUGUGCCCACCUGGAAUGCGAGCAUCACUGUGUACCCCAAAGUGACUCCGCCGUCUGUAUGUGCAUGGAGGGAUACCUCCUGGACGCCGACGGCAAGAGCUGCGUGGACGUGGAUGACUGUCAAACCCAGCCCGGCCCCUGCGAGCAGGUGUGCCGCAACACCCCAGGGGGUUUUGAGUGCCAUUGCUCGGCAGGCUACGAAAUGCUGAAUGGCAAGUGUCAGGAGAACCAGCGGCCCUGCUUUGACCUUCUCUGUCAGCAUGACUGCACCCUCGUCAAUGGGACGCACAAAUGUACCUGCUUUGAGGGCUAUGUGCCAGACCCCUCAAAGCCAAACGAAUGCCUCCGGUUCUGUAACCAGAGCCACUGCCCGGCAGAGUGUGACCCCCACACGGGAGACCACUGCGACUGCCCGGACGGUUUCAUCUUUGACGUGACCGAAGAUGACAUUAAAGUUUGUACCGAUAUUGAUGAGUGUCAUUCCGGAGAAUGUGGUAAACUGGAGUGCGUAAACACACCAGGGAGUUACCACUGCAUCUGCCCCAGUGGGCAUGUCCAAGAUCAGAAGCCCUGUGAGGAGGAUGAGGAGGGGUCAGGUGAAACCGAAGUGUACUCCAGCACACCGGUUACUACUACUACUGUGCCACCAAAGGACGGCAGCAAUCAAUGGGUGCUAGUUGGACCCACUGUUAGUAUGAUGUUGAUGAGUGUGAUGACAGUAGCGCUGCUAUGCUAGAGGGUGAAGAUGCAUUGCCCUGCACAGUCCUGAAGGGAUUCAGGAUGCCUGGUAUGGUUCUGCAGGAAGUCAACCUAAACAGUGAAGGAAGAAAAUGUUGGAGACUGUGUGCAGAAAAAAGGGGGACAGGGGAGUGUUUUUAAAAGCUGAAUGGAAAUAAUGACAGAUUCCAAUGACAAUCCUUAGGCUGAUACUGUUUUCUUAAUGGGUUUCUGUGAGUUUUCUGGGCAGUAUGGCCAUAUUCCAGAAGCAGUCUCUCCUGACGUUUCACCCACAUCUAUGGCAGGCAUCCCCAGAGGUUGUGAGGUAUACAACCUCUGUUUUUGUAAUAUUUUUAAAUGCUGGAUGGAAAUAGUGACAGAUCCCAAUGACAAUCCUUGGGCAGAUACUGUUUUAUGUGUUGUCGACGGCUUUUAUGGCUGAAAUCACUGGGUUGCUGUGAGUUCUCCGGGCUCUGUGGCCAUGAUCCAAAAGCAUUCUCUCCUGACGUUUUCCCCACAUCUGUAGCAGGCAUCUUCAGAAGUUCUGAGGUAUGUUGAAAACUAGGCAAGGGAGGUUUAUAUAUCUGUGGAAGGUCCAGGGUGGGAGAAAGAACUCUUGUCUCUUGGAAGCAAGUGUGAAUGUUGCAAUUAAUCACCUUCAUUAGCAUUGAAAAGCCUUGCAGCUUCAAAGCCUGGCUGAUUCCUGCCUGGGUGAAUCCUUUGUUGAGAAGUGUUAGCCAGCCCUAAUUGUAUAAUGUCUGGAAUUUCCCCAUUUCCAGAGUUUUGUUCUUUAUUUACAUGGAAUAGUCAGGGCUAGCUAACACCUCUCAACGAAAGAUGCCCCAGGCAGGAAUCAGUCAGUCCUUGAAGCUGCAAGGCUUUUCAGUGCUAUUCAAGGCGAUUAAUUGCAAUAUUAACACUUGCUUUCAACAGACAAGAGUUCUUUUUUUUUUUUCACCCUGGACCUUCCAGAGAUAUAUAAACCUCCCUUGCCUGGUUUCCAAUAUAAAUGUGCCAUAAAUGUGGGUGAAACAUCAAGAGAGCAUGCUUUUGGAACAUGGCCAUAUAGCCCAGGAAAGUCGCAGGAACCCAAUUCUUGGGCAGAUACUAUUUUCUUAAUUUUAUAAAAUGCUGGAUGGAAAUAGUGACAGAUUUCAAUGACAAUCCUUGGGCAGAUACUGUUUUAUUAAUGGUUUUCUGAAGGAACACAGGAAACAUUUUUCUGCUCAACUUCCUGAUGAUUGUUAAUAACCAUAGAUUGUAAGCAGCGCCAGAACUUGAGACUGACUUGUACAAGGGAGAAAGAAUAAGCAGCAGAUCACCACAGAGGCUGCAUUCAACUAAAACAUUUGUGAUUUAUUUUUUUAACUAGCAUAUGUGCUUGGCAUGACAUUUUCAAAUGCUUUUUAAAUCAAAAAUACUCAUUGUUAACUUCAUGAUUUUAUGAAUAAUCCCAUUAGAAAAUGCGUACUUGAGCAAUGCCAGAUACAUGCGCUAGUGUUUUAUAAAAGUUUCAAUACUCAUCUCUGUACAGAUUAACUCAGAUUAGUUUUGUUCCUCCAUGCAUAAAAAAUGCAUCACUCUGAAUGUAGGAUCCUGUUAAAAACUGAAUUAUUACACAAAUUUUAUCAUUUUAAGGAUUCCUUUCUCCCUUGUCCAGAUCACUUCCUUUGCCUGUCUCUGAGAAGGCCUCUCUUAGAAUGUCUCCAUGACAAGGUUUUGGCCAUCUGAAAGGGACUGAUGCUCUUCCAUUUGUCAUCUCUCCUUCUGAGGUAGGACCCUUCCACACAGCUGAAUAAAAUCCCACAUUAUCUGCUUUGAACCUGAGUAUAUGGCAGUGUGGUCUCAAAUAACCCAGUUCAAAGCAGAUAUUGUGGGAUUUUCUGCCAUGAUAUUCUGGGAUAUAUGGCUGUAUGGAAGGGUCCAUAAACUUGCUAUCCUCUAGUGGUUGCAUCUGAUUGCUGCAGUGUGAGGUUCAUUGAAUAGCAAUGUAGAUCAUUUUAAAAAUAAGAAAACAGACAAAAAGGAGUGAUUUUUAAAAACCCCAUCAGUAUUUUAGUGCAUGUGUUUCAGGUUUGGUCCAAAUCCAUCAAGCCGUGAAGGAACCUUUGGGGUACAAACGUGCAUACAUACAUAUUUUCACAUAUCAGUGCAGAUAUACCACAGGGAUGAGCAUACCUCAGGCUUCAAAAACUGAAUUUGUUACAGGAAUGCAAAGAUCUACCAAGAGUUUUGUUCAAGAACUCACAGUUCUCCUGCCUCAAUCUUCCUUUGUUUCAACAAUGGAAUUUAAAGCGUAGGAUGUUGACUUUUUUGAUGUUAAAACUAUUGGGAGCCAAGUUUUUGUAGAUAUGUAAAUGUCAACCUGAUUUAUCAGACAGUUGGUAUGCUUAAAACUGAAGAAAAUUGGUGAGCUGGAAGAACUAAUCUACCUUUGAAAAAUGACUUUGGUUGGGAGGGGGACUCUCUGUUUCCAAAAUCCAUGGUUUGUUGUUGCUUGUGCCUUCAAGUCCUUUUUGACUUUGAGAGGCCCUAAGGGGAUUUCUGGGGCCGAUGGGUUUGUGAUUUGCUCAAAAUCACUUGGUGUGUUUCCAAGACCGAGUGAGGAACUCUGGAGUCGUAGUCCAAUGUUCGAACCACUAUUGAAAUUGUUUACUAGUCUAAUAUUCUAUGUAAUGUUCUCAUCAUAUUGUUAGUCUUUUUAUCUGAAGUAAGUAGUUGCCUACAACAUUCAUAUCAAAUCAACAUUCUGGGGAAAAACAGGAGCAAUACCAUGCAGUUCCCCCUUUCAGAAUAUGGUAUUCCAGAAAGAAAAUUAAUUCAUUGUUAGAUUGUACACCAUGAUAAUUGUUAACUGCCACAGCAGUUUUAUAUAUUUGGUGCUGGAGACAACACAUCUGCUUUACUGCAGUGUUAGUACUUUUUCCAUUAUGUCAUCUCUAUGAAAUUCCCAUUUUUUCAGUUUUAGGCUAUUUUAUUUGUUCUGUAGUAGAUUAUUCUGAGAUUUAGAAAUAAAAGCUGUUUAUUCCAGGUCAUCUGUCACAUUCCAGUAUGCAUUCAGAAACUUUUAUUGAGCUGAAUGGAAUCUCUUUACUGUUAUGCUUUUUAAUUUUUCCAUUGCAUGAAGUUUUCAAUGGAAAUGUGACUGUGCCCUUUCACUUUGCUUUUUAGCAUUGUCUUGGAGAACUCAAAAAAAUGUUUUAGUGUUCCCAGCAGGGUUAUUUUUGUUUUUGUAAGCAAGAUGCAAGUCUUGUACAGUGGGGUUCAAAAUGCAUUAAAAACCUGAUGGCAUUAAUUCAGCUUUAGAAUAAAGUCUAACCAAGAUUAAGCACUUUGCAGGAAUGGCAGUGAAGGAGUUUGUGCCCCUACUCUUAAGGCCCCUUCAAUUUCUUUAUUCAUGUUUUUUCACUUUCAUGGGAAUUCUGUGUCCCUAAUUCCAGUGAGUAUGAAGUGAUGACUAUGGCUGGAUCUGCAUUGCCAUAUAACCUAGUUUCUGAAUCCAGAUUAUCUGCUUUGAACUGGAAUAUAUUAGUCUACCCUAUCAUAUAAUCCAGCUCAAAGCAGAUAAUCUGGAUUUUAUAUGGCAGUGUAGAUGUCUCCUAUGACUUAAAACUGGGUUCUGAAGGGAUUUUCAUGAUCUCGUUUGCUGUAGUUUCCUUUGAAGUGUUACCUUACAAAUAUUACCAUAAAUCUUGAAAAUGAUGAAACUGGCAUUUUUAAUGUUGGAAGAUGUGACUGUUUUAAAAAGUAAAUAAGAACAUUUUCCACCAUCUGUAUUAUAAAUUAUGCACUGUUGUAAGUAUUUAUUUAUUUAUGAGAAAUAUAACAUUGCAAAAUUAUUUUGUCCUUGCAUAUAAUAAAAAAACCGAUCUAUCUAUCUAUCUAUCUAUCUAUCUAUCUAUCUAUCUAUCUAUCUAUCUAUCUAUCUCAAUCAAUCAAACAAUCAAUCAAAAGCUUCCAGUAUGAAACGUUGUUGCCUUCCAAUAUUGAACAAGACCUAUGCUCCACAGAUUUAUUCUAGAAAAACAUACAAGUAGCCUGUACUUGGUAAAACAUAUACAGUAAGCUCAUACACUAACCUGAGAAUUUGUACAGUUGAAUUCCAUGGGGUGUCUAAUAUUAUUUGAAUGAACACACAGACAAUUACAGUGAGUAUGUUUCAGGAAGAAUAUACAGUUAUUAUCAGCAAACAACAAUUGAAUACAUUAGAGCUGAAAUUGGUCACAGUCGAAUUAAUUAAAACCUGGGCUAAUUGACAAAUACUAACUGUUGGACCUGUGAACUGACUUCAGGAUAUUACUGCUUAAGGAAAAGAAUAAACUAAAUGUGAACUUUUCUGCUAAUUAUACCACUAGUAUACCUUAACCAAUAAAUAUUUUUUGGGAAUUAUUUCUUUAACAGAAAAUUUGGUAAAACAAUAUGGAAAGAAUAAGAAUAGGUUCCUACAGCACCAAAAGGAAGAGGAAUUGAACAUGUUCCAAUAAACAGUUUAUUUAAAAUUCAAAAUAUGUAUGUGUGAAAUGAAACAACCUGGUUAGGUAAGCUAAGCAAUAAGCAUAAAUAAACAAAAACACUAUUCAUCAGUACUUUUUCCUUCCAAAAUUCAUCCAGAAGUGACUUUUCAUUUCCCAACCCUUUGCUUUUUUAGAUUAUGAUUUUGGUAGCUAUGUAUAUAGCUGUUUGUUUUGUAAAUAUGUUGGAGGGAACAGGUGAGGCAGACUUGUCUGUUUUCCCCUUCUAAUUAUUUUAUUGUUCACACAUGCGCAGUAAGGGAUUGUGAAGAUAGUUUACUUUGCAGACAAACAGCUACAGUUUAAUUAACUAGAGAAUAAUCCCAUUCUUUUUCAGCUCAGUCUUUAUUACAUUAUUUGCUGCAGAUGCUUCGGUAACCAGAACUAAAUGUCUUUUCCCAACCUUCCUUCAUCAUCCUCCCAAUGUUGAUGCUGCUAAAAAAACACUUUGCAGUUAGACAGAAAAUGAGAGCAAAAAGGCAUGCUGGGCAGGUGUAAAGAUUGCAAAUUAAACUUUACUUUUAAAGGCUUAAUUAACUGAGAUAUGUCUAUAUUUUAAACAUCAUUGAACAAAACUAAAUUACAGUAAUACUAAGAGAAAAACAGACUCAUAGGCAGAAUUAGAAUUAGGAUGGAGUGGGUUUAACAUAAUUAGACAUGAAUCUAACUUCAAAUUCAACUGAUAGUGUACAAUAGUAUAUUGUUGAAGUGCCAUAAUCUGAUUUUUUUUGAUACUAUCGCUCAAAUCUAAAUAAUUAUAAUAGCUAUCCAUUUCCCAAAAACAUUUAAUGUAGCUUUGAAUGUAUAAUAUAUGACGUGUUCAGAAAUCUCAUUAUGUAUAUUUAUACUGUUGUACAGCAUGUUUUCUAAUCCUGAAGCCUUUGUUUAUUAAACUGUGAGUUAUCCUCACUAUUUUUAAAAGGUAGCUUUAUUGGGAAGAAUAUUUCUUUCUGUCUCUCAUCUGCUCAUUUCCUACAUGGAUGAGGAAGAUGUGCCAGAUCAGUGUAUUAGGUUUCAUGAGAUAUGUAUGAUAUGAAUGUGUCUGACCUCUAAUAAAAUGUACAAUAACUGCUAAGUUCAA